AAUAACUACUAAAAUUUAAAACUUGGGAGAUACAUAACAAUUGUAUCACACAACACCAACCUUCAAUCCCAAAACACAGAACGCACAAGCUUCGCCGAUUUUCAAGUUACUCACUUCCAUUAUAAAUCUGUAGACGGUGGAAAUACGGAUUAUUUGGGUUGUCGUAUUAUUUAGUUUUGAGGUUUAUGACUGUGUUGGGUUUUCUGAUAUCACUAUGAGCAAUGUACCUAAGAGAUCCCUUGAAGAGUCGCCUUCAAAGCAUCCACAUCAAGAUUCAGGUGUAAUCUCAAAGUUUCUUACAUCAGUUUCGAUGGAGCAACAUGUUCCUCAUGAAAUAGGUCAGGAUUCUCGGGUGGCAAAGCCACUUCGUGUUGAAGGUCGUGAUGCGGAUAGAAGAUCUCCUCUUCAUUCAGUUUAUCGGAUGCCAUUACCUUCAAAUGAUUCUCAGGCAGAUCAUCAGAUUGGGACUGAGAAUAGGAUUGAAUCAAGGCACACAUCACGUGGAAACACACCAGUAGAAGUUGGAAAGGAGAAUCCCACAACAGAAGAAGGGGAGUGUUUGGAAGCUCAUGAGGCUGUUGUGGGGAACAAAAUUGAUUCUAAAACUGAAGAUAGAUUAAAAGAUAGAAAAAGAAACGAUGUAAGACAUCGAGAUUGGGGGGACAAGGAAAAAGAGAGAAGUGAUCACAGAAACAGUACACAAGUUAACAACAGCAAUGGUGAAAACAAAGAAUCUGCCAAAGAAGAUAAAAAUGCAGAAAAAUGGGAGAGGAAAGAUACUCCAAAAAACAAAGAAAAUUUAAAAGAGAGAGAACAAGAGCAUAUCAAGAGGGAAUCAUGGAAUGGAAUGGAGAAAGGAGUUUCAUAUAAUGAAAAGGAACUUGGUGGUGGAUCAGUAAAAAUUCCUGAUCGCGAAACUGUAUUACCAGAGCAGAAUAAACAUGAUGUUGAUAGGAGGAAAGAACGGGACGCUGAUUUAGAAGAAGAUCGACCUGAUAAGCGCUUUAAACUUGACAAGCAAUCACAAGAUGAAUUUGCUGAUGGGGAAGGGAGUGGAGAGAAAGGGAGCGAAGACCAUAGUUGUAAUGUUCAGCAGCGUAAGAGGAUACAGAAAUCGAUAGCUAGCCCCCUCGUCACCAAUCUUGAGGCACGUUUUGGACCCCACGCCCAAGACAAUGAAGAGUCUCAAGGUAAAUCAGAAGUACCAUAUGUUAUUUAUAACAUUGGUGAAAGCAUGCAAGAACUGAUCAAGGUGUGGAAGGAAUAUGAAUCAUCUCAAUCUCAAGUUGAAAAAAAUGCCGAGAGCUUUAAUGAUGGCCCCACUCUUGAAAUUCGGAUACCUGCCAAGCAUGUCAUUACUACAAACCACCAAGUCAGAGGUGGCCAGAUAUGGGGUACUGAUGUGUACACAUAUGACUCAGAUCUUGUUGCUGUUCUCAUGCAUACUGGUUACUGUUUCCCAACGGCUUCUCCUCCUCCCUCGGCUAUAAAAGAAUUGCGUGCAUACAUUCGAGUGCUACCUCCGCUAGACUGCUAUAUUUCCACCCAGAGAAACAAUCUGCGCUCCCGAGCUUGGGGUGGUACACCUAGUUGUAGUUAUAGAGUUGAGCGAUGUUGCAUCGUGAAGAAAGGAGGCGGAACUAUUGAUCUUGAACCAUCCCAUACACACACAGCAACCAUUGAGCCCACCCUUGCACCAACGGCUCUUGAGCGGACAAUUACUACCAGGGCUGCAACUUCGAAUACCUCGCGGAUGCAAAGAUUUAUAAGAGAAGUCACAAUUCAGUACAACUUCUGCAAUGAGCCCUGGAUCAAGUAUAGUAUCGGCAUUGUUGCUGACAAGGGACUAAAAAAGGCACUCUAUACGUCUGCCCGCUUGAAGAAGGGAGAGGUUCUGUAUCUUGAAACACACUCGUGCAGAUAUGAACUCUGUUUCACAGGAGAGAAAAUGGUCAAAGCCAUACCGGUAACUCAGUUGCACGAUCCAGAUAUAAAAAAGUCCCAAAAUCAUCAGCUGCACUCCACAAAUGGUGACAAAUCUGAUUCUGAUAAUGUCGUGGUUGACGUAUUUCGCUGGUCUCGUUGUAAGAAGGUUUUACCCCAGAGUUUGAUGUGCAAAAUUGGCAUCCCCUUACCUCUUGAAUAUGUGGAGGUGCUAGCAGAAAAUAUAGACUGGGAAGAUGUACAAUGGUCUCAAAGUGGUGUUUGGAUUGCAGGGAAGGAAUAUGCCCUUGCUAGGGUGCAUUUUUUGUCAAUGAAUUAGUUCAUUCAAAACAUGUGUUGGGAUGAUAUAAUGUGUUCUUUUAUAUACUUCCAAGAUUAUUUAUACUCAUAAUAAAAUAUAGUCUUUUCAUGUUACUAGAAUUUUCUGUAUUUAAUAAAGAAUUAAGAGUAGAUACCAUACAUGUUUCUCAGCUUUCAAGGUUUUGUUGUAGCUUCUGAAACUUGCUUGGGUGAUAUUAGCAUAAUAAAUGUAUGAGAAUUUAU